GCAGUUGCCAUAGCGCCGCCGCCGCGCCGAGCGGUAGGGCUUGGGGCCCAGCAGCAGCCAGGCCCGGCCCUGCCGCUCGCCACGGGACGGGGCUGCCGGAGGAGGCAGGUUGGUGAAUGUAAACCGCGCUGAGAGCACCACCGGGCCAGCCCGAGCCAGUGCAGAGCGAGGACUCAGCAAAGCCGACCAGGUUACUAUGUGGGCAAGCUGCUGUAACUGGUUUUGCCUGGAUGGCUCACCCGAGGAGAUGCAGCCACAGCCGGGAGCCAGAGCCCAGGCCUACUCCAACCCGGGCUACAGCUCCUUCCCAUCCCCCACCGCUGCUGAGCAGAGCUGCAAGGCCUGCGGGGUGCACUUCGACAGCUCCUCCAGCAAGCACAUCUGCUUGGACUGCAAGAAGAACUUCUGUACGUCCUGCUCAAGCCAGCCCGAAGGUGGCCCUCUGCUGUGCCACCUCUGCCAGCGUUUCCGAGCCACAGCGUUCCAGCGGGAGGAGCUGCUGAGGAUGAAAGUAAAGGAGCUGAGAGACUACCUGGCUCUGCGGGAGAUCUCCACGGAGCUGUGCCGCGAGAAGGAGGACCUGGUGCUCCUCAUCCUGGGCCUGCAGCCUGUCAUCACCCAGGAGGAGCAGCUAAGAACCCAUCCCUUCCCUAGCAGCACCUCUGCACAGCAGGGCUUUGUGAUUCUCCCACCCACCAGCACAGCCUCUCCUACCUCACAUGGUGCAUCUCCAGAGACUGCAGAUCCCAGCUCGAGUUCAGCAGCUCAGGAACAGGAGAAUGGCUUCGUGCCUCCGAGCCACCUGGGGCUGACAGGAGUUGAGAGUGCAGCAGAAGCACCAGCAGAGGAGGAGGCACAGUCGACUGACUCAGAAGACAACCUGGUGCAGGGCAGGAAGGCCUCUCUGUCUGACCUGAGCAGCAUCGGAGACAUCAAUGCGCUCUCUGUGCGGCAGCUGAAGGAGAUCCUGGCUCGCAACUUUGUCAACUACAAAGGCUGCUGUGAAAAGUGGGAGCUGCUGGAGAGGGUGACCAGGCUGUACAAAGAGAAAGACCUGCAGCACCUGGUUUCAGACACAGACGAUCAGCCUGGUGGUGCUGGGCUCCCCGGCGUGGAGGAGAACCUCUGCAAGAUCUGCAUGGAUGCAGCCAUCGACUGCGUGCUGCUGGAAUGUGGCCACAUGGUGACGUGCACCAAGUGCGGGAAGCGGAUGAGCGAGUGCCCCAUCUGCAGGCAGUAUGUCAUCAGGGCCGUCCACGUCUUCAGGUCCUAGGGCUGCUCCGGGAAGCCUGCCGAUGCCUUAAAGCCUCCUCUGCGCUGAGGGACGCGGUCAGAGUUGCCGCAGUUAGGUCAGAGUUAGGCACAUGGACCCCCUCCUGGAGCUGGAAGUGAGGGAAGAUGAAGCCUGGACCAGUCGUCGCUCUCACUCCAGCCACGCCUGGCUGUGCUCUUCUCUCAGCAGUGCUUUACACCGCAGUGCCUGGACUCCUUGGAGCUCCUGCCAGCAGCAGCCAGCCCACACUGCAGAGGAACUUGAUCCACCAGUGCUGGGGACAGGCUGGGUGCUCCACUUUUCCACCACGAAGACCCCAUUCAGAGGCUUUGUUUUCCCUGGAGCAACAAACAGCAGCAGGCUGGGGGCUGAGGACGUGGCCUUUGUCCUGUUGUUUGGGCCUUGCAGCCAGCAACUUUCUUUUCCAAGAUUAAAAUGUGCUCCUUAAUGUUAUUUUUGUUAAUUUAAUGCUUGCAGGACAGGCAGUCAGCCUCCCCUUCCCCUGGCAGCAGUGUGACCCUCACCCAGCUCUCCUUUGAAUUGCAGCAGGGAGAAAUGUCAGUGCCACACAGAGCCUCAGCUGCUCGGUGACAGGGAGGAGGAGGUUGCUGCUCUGACUGCUGUGGGACAUCAGGGGCUCUGCACUGCCCUUGCUCACUUAAGGAGCUGCUAGUCUCAGGCUCGAGUCUUUGGCAAGGAAAACAAAGGGCUGAAGAGAAGCAAAGGAGGAUUCCAUUGCUGCACAAUCACACUCAAGUGCAGUGGCUUUUAGAGGGGAGAUGAAAGCAAGCAGCCUUUCUCUCCUGAACUGCUAAGAGAUGGUCGGGGCAGACCCUUUUUCACUCAUCAGCUCCCCCCUGCUCAGCUUUGCAGCCCUGCUCCGUUCAGCCCAGCAAAACCAACUGAGUUUGUGCUCUGGCUGUGAGGGGAACAGAGGAUCUUGUGGUCAGAUGUGAGCAGGACAAGCCCUUGCAGCUGCCUUGCCCAGCACCUUCAUCUGGGUGCCUCUCAGGCUGACUGGCUGCCAGCACAGCCUGUGUCAGAACCCUGAAGCCUUAAGCUCUCAGCACCAGAAGUCUGCGCUCUGGGAAGCGCUCCUGCUGCUGCAGGCUUUCCCCUGCCCAGCUUUCCGCAGUGUGUUAGCCCUGGGGCUCUGUGCGGCUGCCAGCGGCGCAGAGUAAAACAACAGGAGCCCGCUUAGAGCUGCGGGGGGUGGUGCAGCUACAGCAACGCCUGUGCAGCAGUGGUCACAGCUGUUAACUUCAGCAGGGAGUACUGCAGGAGUAGCAACUCUUUGCUCCAGCUGCAACCCAAAGAGCCUUCAGUUCUGGCUGAAGAAACGUGUCCCUCGGCAGGCAGCAGCGAGGUGGGCACUGAGCUCCACCAACCCGCGGUGGCUGCUGAGGUUUAUUAACUAAAAACUGAGUGUAUUAUCCCCGUCCCUGCUCGGGUUGUUCCCUGAUACUUGGCUUAAGGCUCAGCAGCUUCCAGCCUGAGAACACAGCUCUAGGUCAGUGCACGGUUAAUAAACAACGAGAGGAGGUAAGCAGGGACUGGGUUUGCUCUUCAGGAGGCUCACGGAGACCUCUGCCAGGGGCAGAGCAGUGCAGGUCCAAAGUGCUGAACAGCCUCAAUUCACUGUGAGAAUCCCUUUGUCAGGUUUGGCAAUGAGCUCAGGGCUGGAGAACUCAGAUUUCCCUGGAGGGACCUGCAGAGGUUUGGCUUUGUGCUGCAGCAACGCCCAACAUUCUAGCGCUGAGGAGAUGCUCCCACCCCAGGACUCCAAACCACGACAAGAGCAGGACUCUUUUUCCUCCUGCAAGAAUGGAUGUGGCUGACUGAGUUGUGAGGCAAAUCCAAACCUGGAGGAACCCAGUGAAUGAUCCAAAGGAAUGUAACGAUCUGAACUAAGCAGUGGGAAUAUUUAUGUGCUUCUUGACGUCCACUUGGACACGGUUUAGGUCUCUUCAGAGUUGCUAUUCUACUUGAGAGGGUACACUGUUAAAUCCUCUUGGUACUCUGAUGGUUCAACUUCCUAGAUUUGGUACAGGGGAAAAAAAAAAGUCUGGUUUAUAAUUUUAUAAUAAAGCUGCAAUGUGAUUGAGUUAAA